AUGUCUUUCGCUGCAGAGAAUCCUCGAGACGAGGAUGGCACUCCUGUGGUGUGUGAGGAUCGAGAUGAUCGGUGGCAAGUUCAUGGCACCAGCUGCGAGAAGAUGAGCGCGAUGUGUGAUGAUGAUAGUUAUGGUGAAUUGGUCCAAGCUUGGUGCCCUGUGACCUGCAAAAGAUGCGAACCGAGCUUCAAGUCACAGGGCGAGAAAGAUGUGGAGACUGAUCGAAAGGAUGUGGAGCUCGAAGUGAUGCCGGAUGCAGGUGACAACGCCUCCUCCGUAAACUUCCUGGAAGAUUUGGCAGGUGACAAUGCGCAUUCCGCACUGAGGAAUGCGACAGCAGUUGAGGGGUCGACCACAGGAAAGGCCAUUCUUCUUCUUGAAGAGUUGGAAGAGACAACUUUGACGGACUCCAACGACCGUCUUCCCAUGAUUGCCUCUCAAUUCGAAGUCUUAGGCAAGGACCCUUUCAGCGUCAGCUUUGUGAAAAUGGAGGCCAACCAGUCUCACAGCUUUCGCAAUGCGAGCCGAAAUGCCACCAACGCGACCGGCAAACGGCAUGAAGGCCUUAUUGCUAAGAUUCUUGAUCUUCUGAGCCCAACAAAGGUGGAGGUGGAAGAGAACACCUCAGCAUGCCCUGAAGGCUGGGAACAAGUCAUUGGAGAUGUUUAUGGUGGAGAUCAAUUCUCAGGUGGCUACACGCAUUCAGCCAAGAGCAUCGACGAUUGUGCUUGGCGCUGCCUUAAAGAACCUGGCUGUGGCUCCUUUGAAUGGAGCCCUUCCCAGAAGAAGUGCUUCCGAAACAGCCAGACUCGGCCAACCCAUGAGGAGGCUCGAGGAGAUUUCCUCUUUUGUCGACGGCAGCCAUGCCCCAGAUUUAAAACCAAAGAGGCCUGUGUCGGACCUGGGAUUGCAUCCGGAUACUAUUCCAAGGAGGUGAGCAUGCGCCCUGGGAGCUACUGCAUUUGGUCAGCUGGACAUUGCCAGGCACCAAUGGCAUGUACAGAUCGUGACUGCUUCUUACCUGACGGUGGACUUCCCGGAAUGAAACUCCCCAAUCGCUACACGCUUUGGAUUUCACGACUGGGGCUGCAAGCGACCAUGGCUUUGUAA